UAUCCGCUUUGAGAAAAAUCAUCAGGUUUCCUGCACAAUCCUACAACAAAACCAAGCUCCUUAUUGCAACCAGUCAGAACCCAGACUGGUGCAUAGUCUCCUUCCCCAUCCCAAAAUUGCCCCUUCUGAUUAUAAUUAAACCUGAGUCCUAAUCUUUCAUGGUUGAAUUUUGACAAUAUGCAUUUUGGCAUAUUUCCCCCAUAAGCCCCUAAAUCCCACUCUGCUUUAGAAAGAAAAGGCCGUGGUUGUAAAAGUAUUGUAUUGGGAUAAUUUCAGCUAUUUUGUGAGCCGCAUUGUGAGUUUGGUACAGGCCUAAAAGCAGGAGAAAUGCCAAUUAAAUAAACAAAUCAUAAAAAACAAACAGCGGCUGAUUCUAAUGAUUCUAAGAGCCCCUGGUGGCGCAGUGAUAAAACUGCAGCCCUGUAACCAGAAGGUUACAAGUUCGAUCCUGACCAGGGGCUCAAGGUUGACUCAGCCUUCCAUCCUUCCGAGGUCGGUAAAAUGAGUACCCAGAAUGUUGGGGGCAAUAUGCUAAAUCAUUGUAAACUGCUUAGAGAGCUUCGGCUAUAGAGCGGUAUAUAAAUGUAAGUGCUAUUGCUAUUGCUAUUGCUAAUGGCUGUGUGGAGGUCUUUCCAGAGCAGGCUUAUUCAUGUCCAUCCAUUUAUCUGAUAUAGGGAACAGUCUCUUUGUUAGUGAUUCCUAGAAAGACUUGGGGUUUAGGCUGCCAGACAGUUUCAAACUGGUAUUCUCCCCUCUCCUCAGUAUCAGAAAAUUAACAUAGCUAGGGAACUGGGCAGGUCCUCUCACCCUUCCCAAGGGUGUUCAAAGAUUCCUGGGCAAGCACAAGGCACAUAUAGGCCUUCUCAUCUAGCAGGCCUUGAGGAGAAUCUGGUUGGGUGUUGAUGAAGCCAAAGAGCUGAAACCUUGUGUAUUUGAAGAAUCAUUGGUUGCCAUCUCAGAGACUGGACAGACCAUAGGAACAUUCUCAAUUUCAGUGCAGAUGUCCAGCUAUUCACCAGAGGGCUGGGAGGAAGAAGAUUGCUACAUAGUCUGUGCAAAAAGCAAGGGGACCAUUGAUGGUGUUCCUUGCACGACGUCCAUUACAGGAUGUAUAACAAAGACACUGGAGACUGUGGAGCAGCACACCAAGGAAAGUGUGAGGUUUAGGGAGCAUCCCGUGGAAACCAGGACCCAUGUGGUGAAACGCCAAGGGCAGCUUUUUGUGCGAAAAACCAUUGUGGAAAGAAAUGAGGAGAUCCACAUCGACACCUUCUCUUAUAAAUGUGCAAACCUCCACGGUCUAGUCUCAGAGUGUGCCAACUUUUUGCUGCUGCGGAUGAUGGCCAGGAAGCAGACUGUACCACAGGAUGCCAUUUUUCUGUCAUUUGACAAUAACCAUCACAUCUGGACCUCCACCUACAAUGCCCUGGGUUUCCAGAAGCAGCAGGUGGGCAAAGAAGAGGUGGAUGUGUUUGUGAUCGAGAGAGCCGUGCACUCUGUGGAUGACAUCCCUCUGAUCUGGCAGUACUACUUCCUGUCAGAUGGGCAUUUAUCUCGUCGUGUCCAGGUUGGAUCUCCAGCCAUCAUGGUGAUCCUGAAGAUGCCCAUUCUGAUUGACACAGAUGAACCAGAUCCUCGUCCAGUCUUUGACAAAAUACUCCUGGACUGGGAAGAGGACCCAGAGCUGUAUUCCCAGUUCUUAGACAGAAAGGAGGAGCUGCAAGCAAGCCAUGCCACCUAUGUGCGCCGCCAUCCAGAGCUCAGUGCCUUGCUGGCAGACUUCCUACAACUGUUACUUCUUCGCAAGCCAGAUGAUGUGGUCACCUUUGCUGCCGAGUUCUUUGCCCCCUUUUCAGCCCAGCGCCCACCAUGCAGGUCCUUUCAGUCAUCUGAUAAGCCCAGUCCCUUUCGCAGCCUAAGCAGCCAGCAGAAAUAACAACAAGCCAUGGAAUGACUCUGGGAACUGUUUCCACAAGCUACUUUGAGGCUCCUUGUCAAAAAGUGUGUAUGACUACUCUUGUACUGUGGAUGGCAGAGGCUCAGUUCUUGCCCUACUGUCCCUCCAGAAACUUUGGAGUGUUGUUGUGAGCAGAAACUGGUAGUAUUUGCCAUGCAGGACAUAGCUGAACAUGGAGAUAGCAAGUGAGGAAGCAGUAGAAAUCCCUCUGGAAUGUGACAUUUUAAAUAAAAAUGUCAUUUUCUUAAGAAAAAAAAAUCAAGUUGUAAAAAUUCUAAUUUCUGAUUUUUAAUUUUGAUUUUAAGCAAUUAAAGGUCAGAAAAAGGAGAAUUGGUUGCUGGAAAGUUAAAAAAACAAAAGAUUAGCCAAAUGCAAACUUUUUUCAACUUUUGAAAAUGGUUAACAGGUGCCUCUUAAUAUGAGUAUUGUGGGAACUGUUGUGGAAGAACACUUCCUAGCUGAUAUCCAGACUAACAAAGCACGAGUGCUUCUGAAGAGCUGAACUCAGCUCUACCACUUAUGAAGCAGGGUGUGUGUGUGUGUGUGUGUGUGUGUGUGUGUGUGUGUGUAAAUUUUGACAACUUCCCCUUCCACCAGAAGCACUUUGGACCACUCAAAAAUAUGUUCCUGAGGGUUGUGCAACCCUCAGGCACAUAUUUUUGGUUGAGAUAGAGUGCUUCUGGAGAAAGAGAAGGUCACUGAAAUUUCUCUCUCUCUCUCUCUCUCUCUCUCUCUCUCUCUCUCACACACACACACACACACACACACACACACACACACACACACACACACCCCUGUGCAAGCACUAUGUGUUAAUAUGGAAAUCCUCAGAAGCACUGGUGCUAGACCAGUGCUUCUCCUGUAGCACCAGUGCUUUGUUUGUUUGGAUGUCAGCCACGGUAUAUUAUUCAUACAUACAGUCUCCUCCCCAGGAGUGAGCUUGGGAGGAAACAGUUCUGCACAUUUGAGGCAGAAGCUGGUUGCGCACUGUGCUGACUGACUGGGAGCCUGUGAUGUCACAAGCCUACUUCUACAAACACGUUUUUUCAACUCUUUAAAACAGAGUACUUUUCCAUUUAAAAAGUGUAAUGAGCAAACAUUAAAUAGGGUAAACUUGCAAGUGGCCGCUUACUUUUUUUAAAGUUAAGUCAGACAACAAACCUGAAGCAGAAGUGGAGGUACAAUAAGGUUGGCUCAAUCAACAUUUGAAUUGCUGAUAGUACAGCUAUCAAAAAUAUUACAAAGGCAGGGACCAGUCAAGCUUGCGCCACAUGAUCAUAAAAACACGUUGAACCAUCUUCCCUCCCCAGAUACAUGUGUAGAAACCCAUCUUAUUGUUUGUUUUGCCUCCCAAUAGGGGAGGCAAAAUAAGAUUCCAUUACUAUUGUCUGGGGCAAAUGUCAGACAGCUCUUUUGAAGGGUGAAGAAAAAAGAGUCCAGGCAACCCUCCUAGAUGUUUGAGGAAAAGCAGCUAAAUGAAAAGAUGGCCACCAUCAAAAGGUAAUUAAAAAAUUUUUUUUUUCAUCUGAGGAAGGUGUUCCUUGUAUUUAAACAGGAGCAUUUGGGUUCACAGAAAUGGUUUUUGUCAGUGUAAAACAUUAAUUAAACCUGCAAAACUGCUCAUUUGGAACUUUUUAAUGGGUUACUUCAUAUACUUUUCAGUAGAAUGGUAACCUUAGAGAGUGACUCAGAACAAAUUGUAAACAAUUAUUCUGGUACCAUUUUAUUCAGAAAAGUUAUUUCAUAACAUAUAAAAAGUUGAAGAAUGUAAUUAGAUGCAAAAUGGACUUUCUGAAAAUGGCCAACAUCCUGCCUAACCAUAUGCCCACACAUUGGGAAGAAGCACCCUCAUUGCGGAGAGCUUCCUCAGCUCUGCAGCUCUGAUUGCUCAAGGGGUGAUUUUUGCCAGUUCCACCUGAGAAUAUGUCCUUGGGGGUUGUGCAGCCCCUAGGGAUAUUCUUUUGGGUGGUACAAGGCACUUCAGAGGGAAGAAGAGAUCAGCAAAAACCGUCCCUUGUGCAGUCACCUCUGCAGAGCUCAGCAAGCUCUCCUAAGUGGAGAUGCUUCUUCCUGGCACACAGGUGCAUGCUUAGGCAGGACAUCAGCCAAUGAUAACACAUUAUAUAUAAUUUAUUAAAGAGUGGGGACUUAAACACCUCAUAAUUUUAUUAAAAUGCAAAGGAUUUUCAUCAGACCAGAAAUGGCAACAUCCCUGCCUGUAAUUAGCAGAAAAUUAGCAAGCAGAAAAACUAUAUUAGCAAGCAGAAAAACUGGAGGUUAUAAGUGUGCACAAUGUGGUAAUGAACAAAUGAAAAUCUUUUUGGUUCUGUGUUCUAGCUCUCUCUUAGCCAAUCUUUUUGAAAUUUGACAAGCAUCUAGCUCUCACCAUGUAUAGACUCUGUGCAAAACUCCAUAAAGUGGAGACCUGUCAUUUUCCUGUUAUUACACCUUAAAGCACCAUGUACAUUGAUGACAUUAUAUCAAGACGGUCACUCCCCAAGUUACAAACAUCCAAUUUACAAACACUCAUACUUACAAACAAAGCUCCAUAACACCUACACACAUCCACACACAAUAAACACCCAUCCCAUAUCUCCCCAAGUCUGCAAGAAUGAUGACGCCACGUUAUACAGGAUGAUGAAAUCCAAAGCAGACUAUGGAGCAAUAGAUAAUCUCUCCAUUCUGGGCCAAUGAGUGACAAAAUGGAAAAUAAGAUUAAGCAGAGGCAUGCUUACCCCUGGCCUUUGGGGCCUCCAUACCCCCUGGGGGGCCCCAAAUCAUCUUUACACACCUGGGUGAUGUGGUUUGUGCUCUCAAUAACCUACAUGUUAAAAAAUGAAACUUAACUUGCAGAGGGGGGCCUCCAAAGGCCUUUAGGUCCAGAUUCCAAAAUUACCUACUUGCAUCUCUGAUUAAGUAAAAUAUGAUUAAUACUGCCUGCCCCGCAAACUCCAACUCCAUAAAUGUGCUGAUUGGGUCUGAACCAGGCGCAGGCCAUGAACGUGCCUCCAGGGGUGGGUGGG